AUAGGGUACAAUUACUUUAAGAUAACAAAACUUCACAUCCCAACCAGGAUGUUUUUAAAGUACACUAUCGUGGUUAUUUCCCAUUUUUCACUUUAAACUUCAUUUUGUUAAGUUCGAGUUUGUAAGGAAAUGGAAGACACCGCCGAGAACUCUUCGCAAUUGCCGGCAUACACGGCUCUGAAAUGGGGGGAUUUUGUCGCUAAUCCUCAUUUAUUGUACAACCUGUGUCCAGGGCCUUCGAAUCACAGAGCGGACAAUUGGAUAAACCUAUCGUAUUCAAGGGAUUAUUUUUUAGAGUUUAAAGUAGACAAUAUAGAGGAACUAGAGCGCCUCAGGAAUGAGAUGUUGGCAAAGCCCAUCUUGUUCCAUGUGAAACUGGAGCACCAUAAGACUGAACGUUACCCAAUGGUGAGAGUCCACACGACUUGGAAAGCUGAGUAUGCAGUCCUUGUGAACACCAGGCAUCCAAAGAUCCGAGAAGUACUGACCCACAAGUUGUUGGAGAUCACUCAGCACAUGCAAGAGGGCAAAAAGUUCUGUCUGCAGCUAGACUUCGGUCCGUCAAUGCGGCAGUGGUACAGUGGGGCUGUAGAUUCCCAACCCGAUCUUUGUGACGGUAGGCGGAACAGCGACUCAGAAGACAUGAAAAUCGCGAUUCACAACUACUCGACCCCUUGGGACUGCUGCAUGAACCCACUGUAUAUUGUGGGUUGCUUCCCUCUCUGGCUUCUUUUCGGGGGAUCAUGCUAUUGUAUUCAAAGAACUAGGAAAUGUAUCGACGAUUCCCACGAAUUUCGGAAUCUACCUGUUGUCCUCAUUACAGGGGUGAGUUUGAGGGUUACCGUGCGGCAAAACAUGCCACCACCGAGACCACCACAGUACUUCAACCCCCAGGAACCACCAAGCUACCAACCUAGGGAAGGGCCGGGGGACUAUGACCCCACUCCACCCCCACCUUACCCUGGCAACAUUUGUUAGACGACUGUAAAACAUUAGAGGAACAGGGUUUUGUGUGGUGGUGUUCAGUACAUGUAUUUGAUAUGAUUUGUUAGACGGGUGUUCAAUAAGAGAGUCAGGCUUUUUUGGGAUGAUUUUGACCAUAAGGCAGAUCUGAUGGUUAAUUUGUUGAAUAUUCAGCUUCCUUAUUAAACAUGCAAUUAACUAGGACUUUCAAUUUGAAUUUCGACAACACAUUUAUUUUUUUAUAUAUAUAAUUAUAUAAUAAACUUAAUAAAAUGUGAUAUUAAUAUUUUAAUUCUAUCUCGAGACUGAUUAACAUUUGACAGUUGUAGUGCUUUGUUACUUUAAUAUAACAUUUGGUAUCAUUAUAUGAUGCUUGUUUUUACAAAUAUCUAUCAUAUUUCAAUGCUAUUGUCCUUUCCGAUAUAUAGUACAUGUAUAGUUAUUUUGGAUAUUUUAUUUGAUAAAAUGAAAUAUAUCUGAAAGGACACUAUGUUGGCCCUAUCAAGCUAAGCUGUAUACAAAGUGUUCACUCCUCAAUGCUCUGAUCAAUUUAAGGUCUUCGGUUUUGUUUCAAAGUUACUGUAAUACUUUAUAUCCAGUUAUUUUUGCGUGUCCCAAAAAUUUGCAAAAAUCUAUGGGUAAAAUCUGUAAUUGAUCAAUAAUUGCAUGUGACUGAUAUUGAAUAUCUUGCAAUGCAUGUUAAAGUGAUUGCGAGAAGCGCGAAAAAUUAUACAAUCGCGAAAAUAUAAUAUAGGUAAUGUGCUCGAUUAUAUGACUGUGAUAUAUAAACAUUUACAAUGUACAUACAGUUUGAUGACGUUACGAAUGCAUGUAUACUAGUAAUACUCGUUCUUUGUUAUAAUUACAUGUAUGUACACAGUAAAAGCAUUUAAUGUAUCAUAUAUUUCUGAAUACAUUGCUGGUAAACUGAUUAGUUGGUUUUUGGUCGCUGUUUAACAAAAUUUUACUGAAUUUUGCAAUUGUGGGUCAUGUUAUUGGUUGUUAUUUUCUGCGCUGUCUUUUUGCUUGGUUGUGAUCGUAGAACACUAUUUUUUUGUAAAAAUAUCUAAAAAAGUUAAUUUAAUUAUAUAUAUGCAUAAACAUGUGCAUUUACACAUGCAAUUUGUUGUGAAGAUGUAUUUGUCUACAUUGCCAGUAGAAUAUUUUUAUUUUUAUUGAAUAAUACCAGCUAGUCCUCAUGCAGAGAGUGCAGUGAAGAACAUGUCUUUAUUACUCAGAUUCGUAUAUCAAUGAAAAAUAUAUACAGUUAUACAGUGAUAUACUAAUACAAGGUCAUUUAUCACACACCUAUACAUGUAUUAUAUGCAAUAAAACUUGCAAUAAUCUGGCUUAAGCUUGUGCACAUCAGAGUUUACAGUGCAAUGUCAUUUGUCACGGUGUGACAUUCAGUCUUUCGGACUGUUUUUUAAUCAUUGUGUGAGUUAACUUUUUUUUCGGACUUUGUGUUAAUUGUUACAAAAACUUUCCCCCUAUUUCAACAACUGUUUGAAAAACGUUUCUAAUUCCGCGCAGCCUUAAUCCCACCUGAGGCACAAUCAGUGAUGGACAGCUUAUCUUUUAAUUGACUUCUGUUCAUGUUUAUUGACACUUCAUCUUUCAUCUUAUUAAUCCAAUUCUGUAAAAUGUCAUGAUUUACUCGAUCAAAAGCUGUUUGAUAACUAAGCUUACAUCUGUACUUAUAAUGUUAAUCCUUCUUUGUGUUGUUCCAUUGUUCAUUAUAUAUUAUUCUGAAUUGUAAAUUAUAGUCAGUUGAAAUCAGACCUUCGGUGCUGAUGCAUAUAUGCCAAACUCACGUAAAAGUAUAUUUCAUGUAAAGUCUAUAUUAAAGUCCGAAAACUAAAACGCGUGUUAGCUUGUGGAGGUUUCAUGAGGCUGGGUCCAACAACAAGAGAAUAAGCUCAAGGUUGGCCCAGAAUUAGUCCUGUAUGGGAAAGAGCGCCCCAUAAUACAUGUAACUUAGAAAUGACGUAGUAAUUAAAUCAUAGAUAUUUUACUACAUUAAAUGUACUUUUAUAACUACAAUAAAAACUAAUAGCGAUAGACUACUAAAGGUAUUUUUGUUUUACCAUACUAAUAUAUAAAUUUAGUGCCAUGUAUUGACAUAUUUGCCAUAAUGUCAAUUUUUGCGAAAAUCGUGGUUUUUGGAAAUGCCACUGAUUUAUCAUUAAAAAGUGUCAAAUUAUUUUAUAUUAGAUUUUAUCAUCGCUUUAUUGAACAGUAAAAAAAUUAUUUGACUGUUUGUUCAUUGCAUUUUUUUAAAAUGCUACCAUGUUUGUAAAAUUCACAAAAUAAAUGUUUG